AUGCGCCGGCUCAAUCUGGUUCUCCUGGCUUCGCUGCAGCUCUGCAGAGCUCGACAGCCCAGCUUUAGCAUUCACGAGGAUCUGCUGGCCCAUCCACAGUUCGAGAUUGUCUUUUCCGAUCAAUUCAUUUCCGAAGCCGACGCUCUCGCUCUCCUCGACACACAAUCAUCGUCCUCCCCAGCUCCCUCUCCAACCCCAUCAUCCCAGACCGAGCUCGCCAGCCCGUCCACAGAGACAGAUGCCAGCAAUGGCCAACAACAAAACCCCGAAGACACCGACGAUGAUUCCAACCCGGUCUCCGAGACGUACGAGCUGAUCAACUCUGCCCCGUGGAAAUAUCUCUGCACCGUACCCGUCCUCGCUCCCCCUCCAACACUCAACCAAACCGCCACCGAGCUCGCCAAGGCCGAAGAAGCUCGGGAAAUGUCCCGUGCCUCGGCCAGGGGAUGGGAGCUCAUGAGUGGUCUUGACGGACAUUGUCUCUACUUUAUGAGUGGUUGGUGGAGCUAUUCUUUCUGCUACGGCAAAGACGUUGUUCAGUUCCAUGCUCUGCCACGAGGCACCGAAGGGGGCCCGCCUGUCCGGGAUGACAGCAGCCAGGAGUAUGUGCUGGGAAGGGCGCUACCCGCUUCCGAGCAACCAAAGGACGGGCAAGAAAAGGGCUUGGCCCCUCCCAACUCGGAGCUACAGGUCAAGGGCGACCAACGAUACCUCGUCCAGAAGUUCGAGGGUGGUACCAUUUGCGAUCUCACCAACAAACCACGCACCAUUGAGGUGCAGUAUCACUGCCAUCCCGGCGUGGCAGGGGACAGGAUUAGCUGGAUCAAAGAGGUUACGAUUUGCACCUACCUCAUGGUGGUGCAGACCCCACGACUCUGCGAUGAUGUGGCUUUUCUCCCACCAAAGGUCACCAAAAGACAUCCCGUUACCUGCAAGCAAAUCGUCAGCAGCGAAGAGGAGGAGUCGGCAUGGAGAUAUCAGAAGCAGGUCGAGGCCGGCGGUGUGCUCGAGGGCGCUGGCGAGAGAGCCAGGCUCAAGGUUGGCCGCCCUAAUGGUGGAGCCGACAGCAACCCCUUUUCGGGCAUGACCAUCGGGGGCGUGGUGGUGGGGGGACAAAAGAUCCUGGGAGGAAAAGUGAAUGCCGAUGGAACCCCGGCGUUUAAGCUCAUGCCUCCCCGACACGUAUCCGCCCUCUCUACGCCCAAGGCGGCGACCGUGACCCAUGUUUUGCUCGCCAAAGAGAAGGAAGGGGCCCCUAUUGAAAGGCUCAGUCCGGAAAAGCUAGAGGAGCUGGGGAUCAAGGAUGCGUUCUUGGACGAGAUGGAGGCCCAGUUGGAGGCGGUAUCCGGCGGUGAGGGGUGGAGAGUAGAAGUAGUGGACGCGCCUGGCCAGGAGCGACAGUAUGUGGUCUAUCAAAUGCUCGACAACGGCGCCGACGCAAUCGACCUGGAGAAGAAGCACACUUUGCCUCCUGGUGGUGCCGAAGACCAAAAGACCAAGGGCGAGAGGCAGAAGACGGCGACCAAGAAGCAAAAGCCAAAGGCCAAGAAGACCGCCGGGCAACAGGAAAAGACGGAAGGCAAAAAACCGCGUCUCGAUGACGACGAGGAAGGGUCCAAAGAGGAGUUCAAGGAUGAGCUGUAA